AUGCCCUCAUGCCCUCAUGCCUUCACGCCCUCAUGCCCAUAUGCCGUCAUCCGCUCAUGCCCUCAUGCCCUCAUGCCCUCAUGCCCUCACGCCCAUAUGCCUUCAUGCCCUCACGCCCUCAUCCCCUCAUGCCCUCAUGCCCUCAUGCCCUCAUGCCCUUAUGCCCUCACGCCCUCAUGUCCUCAUGCCCUCAUGCCCUCAUGCCCUCACGCCCUCACGCCCUCAUGCCCUCACACCCUCAUGCCCUCACGCCCUCAUGCCCUCACUCCUGCCCUCAUGCCCUCAUGCACUCAUUCCCUCAUGCCCUCAUGCACUCAUUCCCUCAUGCCCUCAUGCCUCAUGCCCUCAUGCUCUCAUGCCCUCACCCUCAUGCCCUGCCCUAAUGCACUCAUGCCCUCAUGCCCUCACGCCCUCAUGCCCUCAUGCCCGCAUGCCCUCAUGCCCUCAUGCCCUCAUGCCUUCAUGCCCUCAUGCCCUCAUGCCCUCAUGCACUCAUGCCCUCACGCCAUAAUGCCUCAUGCACUCACGCCCUCAUGCCCUCACGCCCUCAUGCCCUCAUGCCCUCAUGCCCUCACGCCCUCAUGCCCUCAUGCCCUCAUGCCCUCACGCCCUCAUACCCUCAUGCCCUCAUGCCCUCACGCCCUCAUGACCUCAUGCCCUCAUGCCCUCAUGCCCUCAUGCCCUCAUUCCCUCAUGCCCUCAUGCCCUCACGCCCUCAUGCCCUUAUGCCCUCAUGCCCUCAUGCCCUCAUGCCCUCACGCCCUCAUGCCCUCAUGCCCUCACGCCCUGAUGCCCUCAUGCCCUCAUGCCCUCACGCCCUCAUGCCCUCAUGCCCUCAUGCCCUCAUCCUUUCAUGCCCUCAUUCCCUCAUGCCCUGAUGCCCUCAUGCCCUCACGCCAUCAUGCCCUCAUGUCCUCAUGA